CUUGUGCUUUUUUUUCGUUCUCAAGAUAUAUAGAUUUGAUCUGUUGGCCCGGAUCGGAAGGCCUUGAAAGGAAGACAUGUACAUCAUAAUACCCUCCAAGUAGAAACACCUUUGCCAGGGCCAAGCCACAUGGUCAUGGCCCCAUGUACUCCGGAGUUCCACCUACAUCACAGCCCUCAUUAUGUUUCGAAUAUUGAAAAUGGCCAUGAUGAUCGUAAUUAUUUUUAUUUUUAUCAUCCUCAAUCAAACGAACCAUGUCCGAAGGACCCAAAGACCAGCCGGGAAUGAUGUAAUCGCUCGAUCGGGACCAGCCACGUUGAAGAAUGCCGUCCAUCGUCCCGUCUUCAGACGGGCCGACAAGAAUGCCAGCUGUCCCGUUUUUCAUCAGUAUUCCUCGAGCUGCUCCCUCGGACUCCCUACAUGCAGUAGGCACAUAGUCUGCAUAGUCUGGUCCCCAGUACUCAAGUACUCAAGUACUCAAGUACUUUCCCCCUACAGGCACGCAGGUACACAGGGACCAAGCCACUACAUGUACGGAGUUCAUCCUCCCCAAGACAAGACUUCAGAGCCGCUAGCUUCUUAACGGCAACGGUCGCGUAAAUCACCGCCCCCAGAUCGACCACCCCUGAAAAGGAUCCUAGCGUCCUACAGGUAUAGCCAGCCCUAUUACCCGAUGCGGGCUUUAGGGCUGUUUGUCUCAUCCUGCCAAACAGUCUUGGCCCGCAGGCACACGACCCUUUCUGCAAGCGGAACUAUGGAAAAAGGGGGGGAGAAGAUCGGGCGUGUGCACAGAGCACUGCGAACCCUAAGGACUAUUGAUAGAUAUGGACAUUCAUAGAUCGGACUGUACAAAUAAUCCUCUAUUAUUUGCAAGCUUCGAGAAUGCCCAAUUUCAUUCCGUCUCAAGACUGAUGCUGCGAGCGGCCAGAGAAUGUGUCGCGAGUAACCGGCGCCAAGGCCUACAAACAAAGAGAGCAAAGAAAGAAAUUAUUCGGUCUCAGGGCCAAUUGACCCAGCUACGUAGUCUUACGAAUUAUUCCCACCUCCUCAACUCCAGCUCCAUCGUACGCGUUCCAGAACCACCGGGUUAUCAGAGUAACCACGGAUCCUUCAACUGGCGUAUUCCCAGCAUACCGGAUCGCCAUCCCUUACUCGUCCCUCUUAGAGAACGAGAGCGCCCACUCCCGUCGGGAACCUCCAAUUCCAUCCUCCUUCCAUCUGUCCACUUCAUCACCCUCAACUUCAACCCUCCCAAUUCCCAUCACUUCAUACUCUCCCCACGAACCGUUACGAUCAUCAUGCCUAAGAAGGGAGGAAAGAAGAAGAACAAGGGCGGCGCGAAGCCCGCUGCCGUCGCCGCCGUGGACAAGGUCGCCGAUACCAUCAAGGAUGUUGUCAAGCCCGAUAACGAGGUUGAGGAUAGCGCCGCUUCCAAUGAUGUCCAGUCCGAGGUUGCCGCAGACACGGUGCCUGCUACCGAGGCGCAGACUGCCGAAACCACUGCUCCCGCCGUGACCGAGACCACGCAGGCUGAAAAGGCCGUCGAGGAGCCCGUCAAGCCUGUGGAGACGGCCGAAGAGAAGAUCGCGGAACCUCUGGAACAAGACGCCAAGGUCGAGGCCCUCAUGACGGAACAGAGCACCGGUCAGGGCAUCGUGGACAAGACGCAAGCUUCCAAGGCCGGCCAGCUGCCUGAGCUGGAGACCGAGAGCAAGGGCAAGGCCGUCCUCCCUGAGACUACCGCCACCACAUCCACCGCCGCCGCAGACCUCUACCCCUCGACCACCGACACUGCUGCCGAAGAGGCAGCCGUCUCGACUGCCGCUCCCGUCUCGUCACAGCCCGAGCCCCCCGUGGCCACCGAAUCGACUCCCGCUGCUGCUGCUGCAGCGCCCAUCGUGGCCCCCGUCGAGACCGAUGCCGCCCACACCAAGCGUCCCUAUGAGAAGCCCAUCUUCUCGAAUGACGAGGUGAAGCCGCACAAGAUUCCCAAGACCGAGGAGGAGCAGGCUGCUGCUAGCGCUGCGGCUGAUAAGUCGGUGUUGACUGGUGCUGGCCCGGCUUCGACUGCUGCCUACACCAUCCCCGAGCCCGUCCCCGUGUCCGAGCCUAAGAAGGUCGAGGAGAAGCCCGUGGCUGCCACCGAAUCUCGCGAGACCGCUGCUCCCGCUGCUGCCCCUGUCGCUGCCCCGGUUGCUGCUCCCGUUUCGACUACCACCUCUCCCUCCGAGACCAAGGAGAGCAAGGCUUCGCCCGAUGCCGUCGCUGCGGCGGCAGCUGCCAUUAACUCCUCGAAGGCUGACAAGGCCGCCGCCACCACGGGUCCUAUCGCCGUUGCCGGCACCGAGCCCAAGAAGCCCGAGCCCGCCGCGAAGCGCGGAGAGGCGCCCAAGGCCAAGGCUGACGUGCCCACGGAGACUCCUCAGGAGACCGCCGCUCCUCAAGCUCCCGAGCUUGAGGCUGCGAAGAAGAGCGAGGAGGCCAAGGCCGAGCCCUCAACAGAGCAGGAGCCCGAGAAGAAGAAGGGUGGCUUCUUUGCCAAGCUCAAGCGCUUCUUCAAGUAGAGAAGAGAAAAGAGAAAUUCUUCCGACUUGGUCCUGGGAGUGUAGCUUAGUGCCGGAUUUGGCCUGACAGAAGAGACUGGGGAAGAGAAGUGGGAGAAGGAGAAGAAGAAAAAGCGAAAGGGUGAAAAAAAAAGAAAGAAAGAAAGUGGAUGUACGAUAUACAAGAUCCACGACACCAAAGUGUUGGACUUGUUGGGCUGCGUGCUUGUGGGGGACGUGCUACCAUCCCCAGUUUUUUAUUGUUUCCCUCUUUUUUCCCUUUUUUUUUUUUUUUUUGCAAGUCCCGGUUUUUGAAUGAUACACCAGUGGAAAUAUAACACAUACCUAUUAUCUUAGUGCUUAUUGAUUAAAAUGAACUUUUUUUUUUCCUCUUGAGGAAAAUCUUGGAAAUCAUCUUUG